CUCUGACUCACAUUAAUAAUGCGAGCUGCUAAGGUACCGCCGGUCUCGCCAUAUAAAACAGGUGACCCAUUCGUAUUCUCUAGCCUUCAGAUCCGCGAAUCUUUCGACACCUAAGCAUUCACCCAAAACAUAGAACUCAGAUGGCUACGACUGGAUCCCCGAUACCACGGAUCCAAAUCGCGCAAGUGGACUGGACCCACCCAGACAGCCAACUCCUCCGCCAUAUGCAACGCGAAGAGAUCAACGCCGUCUUCGGCUUGCCCAACGGCGGCGAGCCCGGGAUCCCGCCAUCCGCAGAAGACAUUUCCGUGUUUCUUAUUGCAUACAUUCUCCCGAUCAAUUCAGCUCAACAUGGAAAGCCUCUGCCGAUCGCAUGCGGUGCCCUGCGCGCCUUACCGCAGUCAGAUGAUACCCCGGGCGACGUGGAGAUCAAGCGCAUGUACGUCCAUAGGGCCUACCGCGGACAUCCUUGGAACGCUGCCAAGGCUAUAUUGAGCGCGUUGGAGGAUCGAGCGAGGGAGAAUGGUUGGAUCAGAGUUGUACUCGAGACGGGGAACCUGUUGACGGCGGCUAUUCGGUUCUAUACGAGGGAGGGGUAUGUGCCUGUGAAGAAGUUUGGGGCGUAUCGGGAUAAUGAAGCGUCCCUUUGCUUUGGAAAGGUGUUGACAUAGUGCAACUGCUUGUACUAGGUUGCUAUGUGUUCUAGAUAUCUGGAGAAGUGGAGCCUGGAAAUACAUUCGGAGGAGCGGAACCCUAAUGAUCAGUGGCAACAGCUAGCGAGAUAUCCCGCUGGAGUGCGCGUCAUGUAUCAUGAAUCUCACGCGUCUAGCGGACUCCUGGAAAACAAAAGUCUGAAGACAAGAUAGACCUUGUUGAUGGCUGACUCUAGUGUAUAUGUAUGUACCAUGGAGCUAUGGAUCUUCAUCCCUAAUAACUAGCCCUCUGUGCGACCUUUCCACGCACAGCUUAGUAAUAAAUACCAUAGAUACGCACAUGUGCCUCA